AUGUCCAUUGCCGCCGGUACAUGCGAAGCACUUUGCCCAAUCAUAGUGCAAGAGAUUUUCUUUCUCCACGAACGUGGGAGAGUUAUUGCAGCAUACAGUGCUCUGCAAACCGUCGGGACCGCGGCGUUGAUCGUGGCGAGCCCGUACAUCGCUUCUGCUUCCCACCUUGGGUGGAGGUGGUGGUAUGGCAUCUUCGGGUGCGUUGGUGCAGUCAUCGCUGUCCUCAGCAUCAUUUUCGUCAAGGAGACCAAGUACGAACGGUCAAAUGCAGCCUUGAAAGGUGAGGGCAUUGAAUGUGACGGUUCGCUUGUUCGUGUGACGACAAGCACGAAGCGUGUCCUCGAUGUCAUCAACCAACCCCCACGUGGCUUCAUGCGAGACAUGGCACCGUGGUCGGGCAACCCUCAAUGGUGGCUCACUGUUAGAUGCUUGAAACAGAUGUGCCAGGUCAUCGUCUUCCCGAAUGUCUUCUGGUUGAUCUUGCUAAACUCGGCUAGCCUUGGAAUAUAUGUUCUCAUGUCGGCGCUAUUUGCUGAAAUCCUUGUUAAACCUCCCUUUUCAUGGGGCUUCGACUUACUUGGGUAUGUGUUCAUGGGUCAGAUAGCGACCGCGGUGGCUGUGCCAGUCCUGUGCGGUUACUUCAGCGAUCAGACAACCCGAUUGUUAAGUACAAGAAAUAACGGAAUUAGUGAGCCAGAGCAUCGCCUUCUCGCACUUAUCCUUCCCACUAUCGCAAUUUUGAUCUCCACCGUCAUUUAUGACAAGACCGCCGAACAGCCUCAAAAUUGGAGCUGGGCUGGUAUUGCAGUCACUAUCAACUUCGAGUACUUUGGCUUUGUGGGAAUAGUGGUUUCCUCCUUUGUCUACUGCAUGGACGCAUAUCCACAACGCGUGGACGCGGCUCUUGUUCUGAUCUGCUCUUGCCGCGGUUUUAUUGGCUUUGGUAUUUCCUACGGGGCCAUUUCCUUCGUAAACAUGGCCGGUUACGAAGGCGCUUUCAACAUCUGCGCGGGUAUUAUGGGUGCGCUGAUGUUUAUCGGCAUUCUCGUCUAUUUUUUUGGCGCACGCAUUCGCAGAGCCACUCAAAGGUUUGCGGAAGAUCAAUGA